AUGUCGCUCCCAGUUGGCGGCACGGCUUCCGCCGCGCGCCUCCAGGGCGCCCCCCUCCGCCCGGCGGCCAGGCUCCCCCGGCCCUCCCUGCGAUCCGCCACCCAGGCCGCACACCGCGUGACGGAAACAAUCAUCGACAAUGGCCAGGACGUCACGCCCCAGGAGCAUUCGGGCGUCGAUCUCGGCAGGCGGAGCCUCAUGUUGGGAGCCGCGACACUAGCCGCGGCGCUCGGCGCCGGCGUCAGUCCCGCGGCGCCUCCCGCGUUUGCCGCAGGCGUGCUUCAGCCCGAGAUCUAUGGUGAUGAGGAUGCGCAGCAGGCGGUCUUCGACACGACGACCAAGGCUGUGCGAUACGUGCUGCCCAGGAGGGGCCGGUCCGAGGUGCCCCUGCUGGCGGGCGCCCUGCUGAGGGCGGCGUUCCACGACGCGGGGACCUUCAACGCCAAGGACGGCAGCAUACAGACGGGCGCCAAUGGCAGCCUGCAGUACGAGGAGAAGCAGCCGCAGAAUGCGGGGCUGAAGCCCGGCAUCGACGUCCUCGUCGACCUGCACCAGGAUUUGAAGAAGAUGAACUGCCCUGUCACGAUGGCCGACCUGAUUCAGAUUGCUGGGGCAGAAUCUGUCGCCAUUGCGGGUGGUCCCAAGAUCAAGGUCCCCAUUGGCAGGAUGGACGUCACUGAAGGCUCCAAUGACGUCAUGACCCAGUUGCCAAGCCCCGGCAACACUGCUAAGGAGCUGAUAGACCUCUUCGAGGGCAACACAUACACCACACAGGAUCUGGUGGCUCUUAGCGGCGCCCACACCAUUGGAAAGGCACGCUUCUUCCCCAAAACUCCCCCAGAGCUGGAAGGGACCCCCAAAACCUUUGACAAUGUUUACUACAAGGAGCUGCUGAAUGGAGAAGGGGCAUUCCCAUCUGACAGGGCACUCGUGUCAAAUCCCACCACAAAGGCAAUUGUCGAAACAUUCGCCAGUGACAAGAGCGCCUUUUUCAAGGCUUUUGAGGAUGCCUACCUAAAGAUGGGGAUGAAGGGAAUCAAUGCCAAGAACACGGUGGCACCAGAACUUCCCUCUGGUGGCAACUUCUGUCGUUUCGAUGCAAAGCUCAUUAGGGCCUGA